AUGGAAUCGCUCGUCUAUGAGAACUCGCCUUUGGCGGACUACCUCCAGGGGGAAGGCGAACACGACCCAAACUGGCCUGUCAAGGAGACAGACCAUAGCGAUGAUUUCUCCGACUCGACGGCUGCGGAUUUUGCCCCACGAGGAGUUUCGAAGUUCCAGGAGCGUAUCCGGAAUAAACUACCCAAGCCCCUUGAACGGAAAGUCUCGCGACAACGGGCAGCUCUGGGUCGACUCUAUGAUGUCUGCACGUCUGCUCUGAACUCCCGCGUUGGAAGAAGCGACAACGAAAGAUUCCUGGAACAGUUCGGCUAUGUCAUCGUUGCGUCUCAGUUGCUGAACGAACACUCUGCGCCCUCUUACACAUCAGCUGCAGAUGUGAUGUCGACGGCUCUUCCGGCAGACCUUCCGUCUAUCUCCACAACGUUUGGUAUACAAGGUGCUGUUGUCACGGCUUCGACUUCUUUCUCCGUAGCUUGGUUGUUACAUUGGAGCCGGUCUCGAACAUCGUCUGGUCUUAACCCUCGGAAGGUCGGAGUUUUGCUUGUUCUCGUGCCCGUAAUUGGGGUUCUGUUCUAUGCAUUCGCCAAGCGACAGUGGCUGAAAUACUUGCGCCACCAAGCUGUCGACGCAGCUGUGACUUUCAUCAGCAACGCUCAAGGGUUUGACUCUGCCGCUUCCGCAUCGGUUGUUUUCAUACAGGAGACGCAAACGCGACGAUGUCUGAGACUGCGCCGAACCGUGUCGGAGUCGUUCUAUCUCAUGCUAGGCCAAUACAUCCGCGCACAACAUACCCUGCGCCCACUUACCGAUGCCACCAACCUCGCCAAGUAUUACGAUAUCUACGAUAUAUCAGAGGAGGAGCUUAUGGAAGCCGAGGCAGCGUUCGAUGAGCGAGCUACCGAAGAUCAAUACUCUCUGCGCGCCCUUCGCACACUUUUCGGAAGGCUUUACAUCGUGAGAAAGAGUAUCCUCUGUUGUCUUCUCGCGCUCGGCGCGGAUGGCGGCGGGUCCGAUAUUGCUAGAUGGACCACGGCAGUUGAGCAAAUGCGGGACCUGGCUCAUAUUACUGGCGAGAACAUUCACAAGAUGACCAACAUCCUCAACGAGGACGAUCGUAAGUGCCAAUCCUCAACAGGAUCCCCGCCAGGGCUAAUAAUCGUGCCAGGUGAUGUCAUCCCACCUUCUCCGCUACCAACAGCUUCGCCCAACAAGGACAAUCUCCGUGCACAAUACCGUAAUAUCAAUUCACUCUCCCAGGGAAUUCGUGCGCUUCACGCAAAGAUGCACAUCCUCAAGGAGGCAUCUAGCUCUAAUCUCGAGCGACCGGAUGCUGGUGAAUUCGAGGCGAGCCUCAUGCCCCAGUAUGAAUCGAUUGGAGCGGACAUUAGAAGCCUUCUCCAGGAGUGGGAGUCGGGCAAAUCCGCAUUGAUGAGUAGCUUGGAAAAACCCGCAAAUCCGGAAUUCUCGCGACCCUCGAGCUUUUUGAAAACACCCCUGUCACCCACACCCAGCCUUGGGGGUUCUACUGCAGUCGAGGGCAGCCCCGCAGACGCCCUUCGAGCGUUGACUGGCGAAAACACAGAUCCCAGCAUCGUCCAUACACUAGAUGAUGAGGAGGAAAUUUUUGAAGCUGUCGCUCUUCCAGCUCGGAACAAGAGGAUGUCAUUAACCCGAGAAGAACGAAUUGCGCGAGUCAAGGAAGAUAGAGCACGACAAGCAGCCGCUCGGGAGCGCACUGAUGCCAAUACAAACAUGCUCAAGGAGCUAGAAAUGGUAAUCAAGCAACGACCUCGUACCACAAUAGCUGCGAAACACACGCCGCUAUCCUUCCUACGCACUCAAUUCCUUCUUGAGCAUUGUAUGCUAACAACUAUUUCAGUGCUUGAAGCUCGCCUAGAACAAGCCAGUCUCCUGAAGCGCGUCGUCGACGCCAUCAAGGAUCUGGUCCAAGACUGCAACUUCGACUGCAAUGACUCCGGUAUCUCACUUCAGGCUAUGGACAACUCCCAUGUCGCUCUCGUCUCCAUGAUGCUCAAAGCCGAGGGGUUCUCCCCCUACCGUUGCGACCGUAACAUUGCCCUCGGUAUCAACCUGGUCUCCCUGACCAAGGUCCUGCGUGCCGCCCAAAACGAAGACAUCCUCACUCUCAAGGCUGAGGACUCUCCCGAUGCCGUCAACCUGAUGUUCGAAAGUGCUGAGACGGAUAGACUUAGCGAGUAUGAUAUCAAGUUGAUGGACAUUGACCAGGAGCACCUGGCCAUCCCGGAGACAGAGUACGCUGCUACGGUAGAGAUGCCGGCAGCAGAGUUCCAGCGUAUCUGCAGGGAUCUGAAUGCUCUCUCUGAGUCUGUUGUCAUUGAGGCCACGAAGGAGGGUGUCAAAUUCUCCUGCCAGGGUGACAUUGGCAGUGGCUCCGUCACCGUCCGUCAGCACACCAACGUCGAGAACCCCGCACAGAACGUCUCCAUCUCCCUCACCGAACCCGUCGCCCUCACUUUCUCCCUCAAGUACCUCGUCAACUUCUGCAAGGCCACCAACCUGUCGAACAAGGUCACCCUGUGCCUGUCGCAGGAGGUGCCCCUCCUUGUUGAGUAUGGCCUUGGUAGCGGUCACUUGAGAUUCUACCUGGCUCCUAAGGUACGAUGA